AUGGAAACAUUGAGACCAGUUUUCAAAGGACCACCUGGAGCCAUCUUGGCCGGAGUGCCCACCCGGGGCCUUAAUCUGCCGCCGCCACUCGUUUCUUACGGCCUAAGCUAUGAUGAAGCAUGUGCUAAACACACAAAAGAAACCUUCAAAGCGUCCAGGGUAUAUAUUAUUGCUUCAAAGUCUCUUUCGAGAGAUACCAAUAAGGUUGGAAUAUUAGUUGAAGCUCUAGGGAAGGACAGGGUGGUGGGAAUAUGGAAAGGUGUUACGCCUCACACUCUGUGGUCCGAGAUAAUUUCUAUCGCUGCAAAGUGUCGCCAGGCAGAGGCAGACUGCGUCGUUACCUUGGGUGCUGGAAGCGUCACAGACCUUGCUAAGCUGGUAGUCUUCUGUUUGGCAAACGACAUACACGAUGCCAACCAACUUGCACGGUACUCUGUGGAGAGCCAGGAAGUCCCAACCGAUGUAAAGCCGCCAACAGUACCUCUUGUCACGAUUCCCACCAGCUUGUCUGGCGGCGAGUACUUCAGCCUAGCAGGUGGUACAGACGAUGCUACGCACCACAAGAAAGCCUUCUUGCACUCGGGGAUGGGUGCCAAGCUAGUGAUACUUGAUCCCGAAUUAUGUUUACUGACUCCAGAAUAUCAUUGGUUGAGUACUGGUUUCAGAAGCGUAGACCACUGCGUGGAGGCGCUAUGUCACAUCGACAGUACGGCCAUGUCUGAUGAAAAGGCUGAAAAGGGCAUCAAACUUCUGGUUCCAAGUCUACUGAAAUGCAAGACGGACCCAAAUGAUAUCGAAGCGAGGCAUCGAUGCCAAAUGGCUGUGAUUCUGGCAAUGGACAACAUCAGAGCGGGAAUUCCCAUGGGCGGCAGCCACGCUAUUGGCCAUCAGCUGGGACCGCUUGGGGUCCCACAUGGCAUCACCAGUUGCAUCAUGUGCCCCGCUGUGAUGAAAUUCAACAUUAAACACGGCUCCUCCUCAUCUGAAAUCGCGGCGCGACAAGAAAAAAUUCGGAACAUACUAUGGAGUGAGCCGGAGGUGGCGACUAAGCUCAAGGCAGCAGGACUUUCGACUGCGGCCGAUCUUGGUGAUCUUCUGGACGCAGUUAUUCGCGCCUUGGGCUUACCACGGACACUGAAGGAGUUGGAUAUACCACGAGAGGUAUUACCGCGGUUAUCGAAAAGAGCACUUCACGACUUUUGGGCACCAACUAACCCGGUACCGCUGGUUAGGGCCGAGCAGGUUCGGGAAAUUUUAGAUGCUAUAGCAGAAUAA